UGUUGCCAUUAACGUAAGUACAGGUCAAGCUGCAAUUAGUUCAUUGAAAACUUACUUGCUCUAGGUGCAGGCGGGCAGCAACAGCUUUCAGUGUCUUACUGUUAAUUGUUAAGCUCCCCUAUAGAGCAGCAACAAUGCCCAAAAGAAAGACUGCAGAUCAAGGUUAUAAGAAACAGGAGCCAAAAAGAAGAUCUGCAAGACUAUCUGCCGUGCCUGUGCCUGUGCCUGUGCCUGUGAUACCUGAAUUGAAGUCCAAAAGAUCCUCAUCUCCAAGGGCACCUGCUUCUGAAAUUGAGGACAUAAAAGGAGAAACAUAUGAAGAUAUUGAAAAGGAAAGAGAAGAGAAAGAAGUAGUUGUUGCAGAAGAAAAAGAAAAUAAAGAAAAAGCUCAGGAAGUAAUUGGAGACAAGCAAAAGAAGGAAAAAGAAGAAGAUGAGAAGGAAGAAAAGAGUGAGCAAAGUAAAGAGGAUGAAAUAUAUGAAGAUGAAAAAGAGAAAGGAGAUAGAAUAGAUAAAGCAGAAAUUAAAAACGUGGAUGAAAAAGAAGACGAAGAUGGAAAAUUUAAAGAUGACAAAUGCGCUCACUUCGACAGCACAUACACUAAAGAAGAUGACAAAGAAGAUAAAAAGGAAAUAGAAAAUGAAAAUCAGGGCGAAGAGAGAAUAAACGAAGCUAUAAAAGAGAAUGAAUAUGAAAAAGAAGGUGAUGGUGAAAAAGAAGACAAAGAUGAAAAAGAGAAAGAACCCGUCAAAGAAGAAUAUAGUAAAGGAGAUGAGAAAGAUGAAGGAAAUCAAAAGAAAUAUGAAUACAUAGAUGAAGCUAAAAAAGAAGUCAAUGAAGAGGUCAUAAAAGAAGAUACAAAAACAGAAGAAUCUCAGAGCUCUCAUGAUGAAGCUCGUCUGGUUACUAAAACUCAAGUCCUUACACAAUUGCGGGAUCAACAUGAAAAGUGA